CUCGGCGGCCUCGGGAGCGGAACCAGUCCGCGGGACUCAGCGCAGCCGUGACGCAGUGCCAGCGGCCCGGACGGUGGUAGGCGCAGGCUUUGUGGCCAGACACAAUGAGAAGUACAGGAGGAUUUGGCCUGCUCAGCUUCCUGCUCAUCCUGGCAGUCCUUUCACACUCAGGUUUUAGCCUCCGCUGCUACAACUGUCCAAGCCCAGUUUCAGACUGCAACAUAAACAUGACCUGUCCAUCUAACCUUGACGCAUGUCUCUUUGCACAAUCUGGGCCCCGCAUCUAUCGCCACUGUUGGGCAUUGAGGGAUUGUACUUUUGACUUCAUUUCCAACCGAAUAGGAGAGUCUGAGAUCCAGUACAGCUGCUGCCAGGAAGACCUUUGUAACCUCAAACUCAAAUCUGCUGGAGUAGCAGCCACCUUAUCAGGGAAGCUGGUAUUGCUGGCAAUCCCAUUUCUGGCAGCAAUGUGGAACCUUUGUCUCUAAUGAAACAGCAGAGCGGGAAUUUCCUAAGCUCCUCCCCUUUCUAUCUUCCCAUUUUCUUACUGCUGCUGCUGCACACCAAAGCCUUUAUUGUUUUUCCAGUGGAUGUUGUUGAGAAAGAAUAGAACUAUCUUGAACACCUU